AGGGAGGCCCCCAACGGUUGCCAUGUCCAGAUACAGAUUUAUUUAUUUAUUAGGGUAAUUAGGGUAUAAGUAAUUUAAGAAACAGGGGACCAAAGCUCCUACUCACUCUUACAUUGAUCCGCCGCUGCCAGCUCCUUCUCCUUCGAGAGCAGCGAAGAUGGUGGUUAAACAGGGUUCGAUUCCGGACUUUGAGGCGCUGCGAGAGCUGUUCAAGCAUCACAUAGAGUCCUUUGAUUACAUGGCCGAUGCUGGAUUGGAAACCAUGCUCAGACACAUCAAACCCAUCGAAGUUUUCGACGAUUUCACUUCCACAAAGCUUAGAAUUUGGUUGGAUAAUCCGGUGCUGUAUCCGCCGCAGAAGGAGCGGAUUUCGAGGACAAUGCGGGAGGCUUUACUUCCGUUUGAAUGCAGACAGGCAAAGAUUUCUUAUGCAGGGAAGAUUACUAUAGAUGUUUGCUUUCAAUAUAAUGAUGGGCCUAUUAUUAGAGAAAAUAUAAAUUUUGGGCAGUUUCCCAUAAUGCUGCAGUCAAAGUUAUGCAACUUGAGAGGUGCUGAUCCCCAGAAGCUUGUGUCCUACAGGGAAGAAGCAUCGGAAAUGGGUGGUUACUUCAUCUUGAAUGGUCUUGAGAGAGUUAUCCGACUGUUAAUUUUGCCAAAACGGAAUCAUCCAAUGAGUAUGGUGCGGAAUUCAUUUAGUGACCGACGGGAAGGAUAUACAGAUAAAGCAAUUGUAAUAAGGUGUGUAAGAGCUGACCAAUCCUCAUUAUCAGUAAGAUUGUAUUACCUUCGUAAUGGGAGCGCAAGACUUGGUUUCUGGUUAAGAGGAAGGGAGUACUUGCUUCCUGUGGGCAUUAUUUUGAAGGCCCUCAUUGACACAACUGACCGUGAAAUUUAUGUAAAUUUGACAAGCUGCUAUAAUGAGAAGUAUGAAAAGGGAAAAGGUGCUGUUGGGACCCAGCUUGUUGGUGAAAGGGCAAAAAUAAUCUUAGAUGAACUUCGAGAUCUGUCUCUUUUCACUCGUCUUCAAUGUCUAGAAUAUAUUGGAGAGCACUUCCAACCUGUUAUCACUGAACUUAAGAAUGACAGUUAUCCUAUUGUGGCUGAAGCUGUUUUGAAGGACUGCAUAUUAGUUCAUCUGGAUAACAAUUUUGACAAAUUCAAUCUUCUCAUCUUCAUGUUGCAGAAACUUUUCUCACUUAUAGAUCAAACAUCGGUGCCGGACAACCCUGAUUCCUUGCAAAAUCAUGAGGUUUUACUCCCUGGCCACCUGAUUACACUUUAUCUCAAGGAAAAACUGGAAGAUUGGCUGCAAAAGGGAAAAAGGCUUCUUCUGGAUGAGAUUGAUAAAAAAAGCAAGAAAUUUGAUUUCAGUGACAUUGUUCAGGUUAAGAAAGUCAUGGAUAAAAAUUCACCAAAGCAAGUCAGUACAGCAGUUGAAAAUAUGUUGAAAACUGGAAGAUUGGUUACACAAACGGGUCUAGAUCUGCAGCAGAGGGCAGGUUAUACAGUUCAGGCUGAAAGGCUAAAUUUUUUACGUUUUGUAUCACAUUUUCGUGCCGUUCAUCGAGGGGCCUCAUUUGCAGGACUUCGUACCACAACUGUGCGGAAGCUGUUACCUGAAUCUUGGGGUUUUCUUUGCCCUGUGCACACACCUGAUGGAGAGCCCUGUGGAUUGUUGAAUCAUAUGACUUGCACUAGUAGGAUAACGUCAUUCUUUGAUUCUCAAGGAAACGUGAAAGAUUAUUUUAAAAUAAAAAUGUCCAUCCUAAAUGUUUUAUUGGAGGUUGGGAUGACACCAUCAUUGCCAAAGAUAUUUCUUCCUGGCCCACCUGAAGCUCUUACUGUUCUCUUAGAUGGUUGUGUUGUUGGUUGUAUAGCUUCCAGUGAAGCAGAGAAAGUUGUGGCUCACAUACGAGAAUUAAAAGUGUCAUCUGCCGCAGUGAUUCCUGAUGAUAUGGAAGUGGGAUAUGUUCCUUUGAGCAUGGGGGGGGCCUAUCCUGGUCUUUACCUGUGCACAUCCCCUUCAAGAUUUGUUCGGCCAGUAAGAAAUAUAUCAAUUCCUUCCAAUGGAAGUGAAAACAUUGAAUUCAUUGGGCCAUUUGAGCAGGUUUUUAUGGAAAUUAGAUGUCCUGAUGGCGGAGAUGGUGGAAGAAAAAGUUCAUUUCCUGCAACUCAUGAAGAAAUUCAUCCAACAGUAAUGCUUAGUGUAGUUGCUAAUCUCACACCAUGGUCAGAUCAUAAUCAGAGUCCACGAAAUAUGUACCAGUGUCAGAUGGCAAAGCAAACAAUGGCAUUUUCUUCACAAACUAUUCAACAUCGUGCAGAUCAAAAGUUAUAUCAUCUUCAGACUCCUCAGACUCCCAUUGUACGCACUAGUACAUAUACUAAAUACAACAUUGAUGAAUUUCCAACAGGCACAAAUGCUAUAGUCGCAGUUCUGGCAUAUACAGGAUAUGAUAUGGAGGAUGCCAUGAUUCUAAAUAAGUCAUCAGUGGAACGUGGAAUGUUUCAUGGACAAAUAUAUCAGACAGAAACUAUUGACUUAACUGAACAAGGGGGAAGGUUAGACCGAUCUUCAAGAAUGUUCAGAAAAAGUAAUUUAGAGAAAUCAGCUUGUCCCUCAAUCGAUUCAGAUGGACUUCCACAUGUUGGUCAGAUGAUACGGCCAGAUGAACCCUAUUGUAGCAUUUAUAAUGAAGUAACAAGUUCCAUACACACCUUAAAAAGAAAGGGUUCUGAAGCUGUUUAUGUUGACUAUGUUGCUGUUGAUGUCAAAAACAAGAAGCACCUUCAAAAGGUUAACAUACGCUUUCGACAUCCUCGGAACCCUGUUAUUGGUGAUAAAUUUAGCAGUAGACAUGGGCAGAAAGGCGUUUGCUCUCAGUUGUGGCCAGACGUUGAUAUGCCAUUUUCUGGAAAUACUGGGAUGCGCCCAGAUCUCAUUAUCAAUCCUCAUGCAUUUCCUUCCAGGAUGACAAUUGCUAUGCUUUUGGAAUCUGUUGCUGCUAAGGGAGGUAGCUUGCGUGGAGAAUUUGUAGAUGCAACUCCAUUUCGAAGUUCAGUGAAGAAAGACAGUGGGGAGUCUGAUUCAAUGUCAGGUUCAAUUGUCGAUGAUCUUGGCCUUCUGCUAAGAGAAAAAGGAUUUAAUUAUCACGGUUUGGAGGUUCUAUAUAGUGGUGUUUAUGGAACGGAACUAACAUGUGAGAUAUUUAUUGGACCUGUUUAUUAUCAACGGCUGCGUCACAUGGUUUCAGACAAAUUUCAGGUUCGAUCUACUGGCACAAUUGACCAGGUCACCCGGCAGCCAAUAAAAGGACGAAAGCGUGGUGGGGGAAUUCGAUUUGGAGAAAUGGAACGCGACUCUCUGCUUGCACAUGGAGCUGCAUAUCUUCUGCAUGAUAGGUUGCACACCUGUUCUGAUUAUCACAUUGCUGAUGUUUGUUCACUUUGUGGAAGCAUGCUUACAACAACAUUCACCCAACCUCAAAAGCGGCCAGUUCGGGAGAUUGGUGGUCUACCCCCGGGAAGAGCUCCGAAAAAGGUCACUUGUCAUGCUUGCCAAACGAGUAAGGGCAUGGAGACAGUUGCCAUGCCCUAUGUAUUUAGAUAUUUGGCUGCCGAGUUAGCAGCAAUGAAUAUAAAAAUGACUCUUAAGCUCAGUGAUGGAGCUGGAGCCGGAGCCUGAUAUGUUAUACUUAAAUUGAUUGGAUGUGUUAAGUUUGUGAUUUGUAUCACAACAGGAAUGUUCAAUGGAGGCUCAGAUGCUUGCUCACAUCAUGGGGAGUUAAAAAAUUUCCAGGCCAUGCAUUCAUAUAGGUGACAUCACAGACUAAUCUGAAUUGCUGGCUGCUUUUAACAGAUCCUGAUAGUCGUGCAAGGAUUGAAGUUAGUCAUGUGAAAAUAUUGUUUAAUGGAUUCAAAUGGUGGGAGGAGAUAGGUAGAUUUUAUAAUGUCGUAAAUUGUAUCAUAAUCUUGAGUUGUGGUGAUAGCACCCUUAAUCAUUGCUUGAGGACAAAUACAAUUGUCUAUUGUUUUUCGUAUUAAAUUAUGUUGUAUCCACCUUUAGUAAAAGUAAAUUCAUACAAUAUAGUUUAAUUUUGAUACUCUUACUCAGCAUAAA